UGAACUUUGAAGGUUUUUACCCCCAAACAGCCCUUUCAAUCUCCAUUCCAAUCCCUAAAAGUUCAAAGAGGCGUACCCUUUUGAUCUUCGUUGUGUCGCGCACGACACAAACAAAUCUCAUUUACUGAAAUUUUUUAGGGUUUUACGACAGAAAGAUUUUGCCUUUGCGGAUUUCCUCUGAUAUUGAAGGUGAAUUUUUUUAUGUGUAAAACCCUUUCGCCUCAAUAAGGUUUUGGUAAAAAUCGAGCUUCCUCUUUUUCAGAAGCAAGGUCGAAGAGAGGGUAAUGGAACUAGCAGACAGGGCUAUCGGCUUGCUUUUAUCAGUAAUCAGCUUGUCCAUUUUCACAUAUUAUACCUUGUGGGUUAUCAUCCUGCCAUUUGUAGACAGUGACCAUUUUGUGCACAAGUACUUCCUGCCUCACGAAUAUGCCAUUCUAAUUCCAGUAUACGCUGGUGUGGUUCUGAUCUGCUUCAUUUCCAUGUUUGUUGGAUAUGUGAUGCUCAAAUCCAAAAAGAAAAAGGCUUGAGAUAAAUUAUCAUUGGUUGAGUUGAUUGCAAUUUGUUUCUUACAUGACAUUGUUUCUUGUAUCAUACUACUUCAUAAUAACACAAACUCUGUAGCAGAUUUCAAUAUUGGUCAAUACUUGAGGAAACUAGAACUUGCAGUGUUUUUAACUUUUAAGUAGUUAGUAGAUCAAAAGAGAAUAAGAAGCAAGGAGAAUACUUUGGGAUUUGCUACUGAGCACUUUUUAUUAGAGCAUUAUGGCACUAUACAUGAAAUAGGGACAAUGUUUUUUUUUUUUUCUACAAUAGUUUGACUUCUUUAUUACAGAAAUAUGGUAUUUUUGGUUUGAUUUCA